AUGACGACAAUUUCUGAACUAAAAGCUGAGGGUAUUGGAGGCCCCUUACAGGUUAGAAUACUACGCAAAUGGAAACACGAUAUCCGCCAAUACGAAACUUGGUACCUGGCUGUCGACAAAUAUGCGGAUGCAAUCCAAAUUCUUGGACAGCGAACAAACCAGAACUUCAUUGAAUCUGUUUUCAAUGUUACACAAUGUUAUAUUAUAUCGGACUAUAGCUUCCCCGAAUUAGAUAGGUAUCAAAAGACUCUCAAAGUUGUUAACCCUCACAACAGCUUAUGCAAUUACUUACAAACCGACUUCAUUAGCGUUCUCUCGAAGAUAAGGGAUUGCACAAAAGCAAAUGGAGAACCAUUUGUAUUGCUUAUACUAAGUGACGAAAGUGGCAGUGAACUCACGAUUAAUCUAUGGAAGGAAUGCAUAACAAAUACGCAAAAAUUCGACCGUGCCUCCCUAAAUCACCUAUCUGCAACAACUGUCGUUGCGGUGACUAACUUAAAACCGUCAAAAUCCUAUGGAGUUCUACGACACGGAUCAUCACAUGCGACGCGUAUCUAUGUCAACCACAAUAUACCGGAGACAAUAGCCCUCGUAGAUUUGACCCUAAAGGCCAAUGCCUACGUUAUCGGGAUCGCCUACAACCUUACACCAAAUAAAACUGAAAACCAAAUCCGACCUGCUGGACAAAACUUUCAUAGUGAACGCCUCAAUCAAGGAAUAUCACUUCCAAAACAUUUGGUACCAAACAACAUGUCCAAUCUGCAAAGAUCCGAUUUUCAGAAGAGGCCCCCAAUGGUAUUGCAGUGCACAUGGACUAAUAGAAAAGUCUGCCUAAAUUCAACUACACCACCGGAGACACCCGUCCCAACAACACCCGCACAAACACUGACGAAAAGAAUCCGAUCGGAUAAUGAAACACCUGAGGCAAGUGAUUCUGCACGUCCUGUCGUCCGCACCCUGACCUUUACUCCGCCAGGUAAAUGA